AUGCAAUUCUUGAAGUUAGCUACUGCUUUAUCUAUCUUGUCUGUCGUUUCUGCUGAAACCGUGUACGUGACUCAAACCCACCUUACCACCAUCCAAGGUGGUAACGGUCAAGAAGCUACUACUCAAUCCACCGAGGUUACUGCUGCCACUGGAUCUCCAUCAGUUGCUGCUCAAGCCAAGGCUCCAAAGAGUAUUUUGGCUGACGGUCAAGGUUCGACUCAAUCUGCUGCCCCAACCACCUUAGUUUCCAAGACUAGCUCUGCUUCUGAAGCUGCUUCUUCUACCGAUUCUGAUUCUUCUAGCUCAGGUAGCGGUAUCAGCGGUGUUGAAGACCAAGAUUUUGCCGAAUCCAUCUUGAAGGCCCACAACGAUAAAAGAGCCAAGCACAAUGUCGCCGACUUGUCCUGGGAUUCUUCGGUUUACAAGUACGCCCAAGACUACGCCGACAAAUACGACUGUUCUGGUAGCUUAACCCACUCCGGUGGUAAAUACGGUGAAAACUUAGCUGUUGGUUACGACAGUGCUGAUAAGGCCGUCAAUGCUUGGUAUGAAGAAGGUGACAACUACGAUUACUCUUCUUCCUCCUCUUUCGAUCACUUCACGCAAAUCAUCUGGAAGGACACCACCAAGGUUGGUUGUGCCUACAAGGACUGUUCCUCUGCUGGUAAAUAUAUCAUCUGUUCAUACGACCCUGCUGGUAAUGUUAUCGGUCAAGGUAAGGCUAACCUUUCAAACUAA